AUGAAACCAAAGAAAACGGGAACUGGCAGAGUACCUUCACUGGUCAGUGAGGUUUGGACGCGAGCCUCUGAGCUGGCGGAUGCCUACAAGAUUGGCAGAGCUGAGAGCGGCGCUGCAUUCAAUCUACUCCAUCACAUCACCCCUGGUGUCCAGGAUGCGCUGGCAAGGCUUGUGAUGAAGCACGGCAUGGGCAAGUUCAUCACCCAUGACUGCAUCUUCCAGGGGGUGUUCAACCGGGAGACUUGCACCGCGUCAAAUGCUUUGUCGGCGUGGCAGGAACAGCUGGUCAACACAGAUGAGAUUUUGCUUCUGUUGUGCAAGAGGCUUGACCAGGACUUCCUGGCUACGCCCAAGAAGAUGCGCAAACCAUGGAACCAUCAGCAAGUUGAAGGUUUGCAGCGCAUUUGCGCUGCCUUCUUGGCUUGUGGUAUUCAAUUUAGUGCUUCUUGUCCAUCGGACUUCGUCGAAGACGAGAAAGCCAAUUUGCUGAAAGGGUUUAUGAUGCGCCAUGCGGAUGGAGAGCUGCAGACAUUAUUGGCAGAAUCAGCGCCGCCAGUGGAUCUUCAACGUGUUGCGCUUUUCCGUUCUGUAUGCAGGAAGCAGGAGAAAAAGGCAGGGACUCGCAUGAGUCGCUUCAUGAUGCUGUUUGGUUUGCUCCUGGACCUUGCGCAGAUUGAGAUAAAAGAUCAUUUUGUGAGGCGGAGGAAGAAAAGGCAGCAGUGGCGGAACAGAUUCUUGUCUUUACAAGCCACAUUGCGUCAGAGACAGUAG